UCCAUGGUCAAACACACUCAUUUGCAGGCUACCCUAAUGGAUUCUUCCGGCGAUUUAGGGCUGCUGCCGCCGCCUCCUCCUCAUCCUCACGAGCUUUCCCCGCACAACCACCACCGCCACCACCUCUGCCCCCGCCAUCACCACCAGCAUCUUCACAUUGUACCCAAUUGCCCACUUCACAGCUUAUUGUUAAAGCCGCCGAGCCAUCACUCGCCUUCCUGCCCUCUUUUCUCCCCUUUCCCUAACCAUCUAAACCCUCAACCCGUUUCCUCUUCCCAAUUUUCAGCCAUUUCGAAUUUACCGGUCCCCUUCCCACUUCACGCUAUGAUGAUGCAAGAGGAGAAUCUGGAGGAAGAACCCGAUGAGGAAGAGGAGCCGAUUUUCGUUCUAACUGAUGAAUGGAGAGACUUUUUUGCUAAAUCUGAGGCUAAACGGAGGGAAGCAAAGAAGCAGGCUAAGAAACACAAGAAUUAGAUGGGGACUUGCCAACACUACUGAGAAUUGCAGCUGCAAAUCGAGAGUUGAAUGGUGAAGAAUUGGGAAGCUGUUCUGUGCCAUUCUUAUCGACUUUAGCAGAUCGACUCACAGUAUAUGGGAAAGUUCUUAAUUCGAUUCCGUGUUUCAUUUUCAACGAAUAUCUUGUUCCAUCAAAGCUCAACAACUCAUAAUAUGCCCUGAUAGAAAUUGCAUUCAAGUUUAGUACUACAAUUUGUACUGCAAAGUACUCUUUCUUUACCAUUUCUCUCAAGUGUCCCUUAGAUUUUGCUCCCCCAUUAGAUCUCUUUUAUUAUGAUGUUAAAUACUCCGUAUCUAAUUUACACUUAUUAAGUGUUAGAAUAAUGGUUAUUUAUUUAAUCGUAA